AUGGAAACCUUCAAUCGGACCACAGUCACCGAGUUCGUCAUCAUGGGCUUCCCAACGCUCUACAUCUUCCUUUUCAUUGUGCUUCUUCUCAUCUACAUCUUCCCCAUCAUUGGCAACUUGGUCAUCUUAACUGUCAUCCACAUAGACUCUCAACUCCACACGCCCAUGUAUUUCUUCAUCAGUGUCCUUGCCUUCUUGGAGAUCUGGUAUGCCGCGGCCACCAUUCCCAAGAUGCUCUCCAACUUACUCAGUGAAAGAAAGCACAUAUCUUUCCAUGGCUGCCUCUUGCAAAUCUAUUUCUUCCAUUCCUUGGCGGCCACUGAAUGCUACUUGCUCACCGCUAUGGCGUAUGUCCAGUAUGUUGCCAUUUGCAAACCACUCCGCUACCCGGACAUCAUGACCACCAAGAUGCGUGUCAAACUAGCCGCUGGUUGUUGGAUCUGCACCUUGCUAGGCCCUGAUGCCAAAAUCAUCUUGGUUUCUAGGCUUCCGUUCUGCAGCCCCAUCUUCUGUGUCUUUCUGCCACUGCUCUCUUUGGUUUGCACCGAUACCUCUGUCAAUGUUCUGGUGGAUUUCAGUCUUGCCACCUUCGUCCUGAUUUUAAUGUCUUGCCUGCAGAUCAUGAAAGCCAUUCUGAAGAUCUGCACAGUGGCCGGACGAAAGAAAGCCUUCUCCACCUGCGGCGCACGCCUCAUGGUGGUGCUGUUUUUCUUUGGGAGCAUCUUGUUCAUGUAUGUCCAGCCGACAAGCUACUCCUUGGAUUAGGCCGUUGUCUACGCCGUCCUGACUCCUUUCUUUAAUCCGAUUAUCUACAGCCUGAGAAACAAAGGAAUCAAAGCUGACUUGCAGAGAAUGUUUCAGUGGCAGAUAUUGCUAGAGAAAUAG